AUGGAUAAGAAUUUGAGGAGUGCAGCUGUGGUUAUUGUGCCGUUUGAUAAAUUUGGUAUUACUUAUGCGGAGAGCCUGAUUAAUCACAACUCAAAGUCUACAGUCUUUCAACAUACGGCAAAAGUUCUUGUCAUAGUACCGAAAGAAGUCAUGAUCAGGGAUCGUUUCCAAGGUCUAAAAAAGCUUAUGACUCUUGGCUUUCUUAACGUCAUAAGUGUUCAUGAAACAGCAGCACAUGACAUUCGAUUCGAGACUUAUUUGAACCUUAAUCUUGAGCCAUCUCAAGAAUUGAAUGAUUUUGACACAAAUUUGAUAAUUCCCGAUAAGCUGAUACAAAUGACUGCAGUUAGAUACCAAAUUGUUGUUUAUCAUCAAAUUCCAAGACUGGUUUUCAUUAAUGGAUUACCGAAAACACCAUUGAUGCAUUUCAUUACAGCCGUUCUAAAGAUUCAAAACGCAGCUGUUGAUUACAUAAUUUUAAAGGACUACAAAUUAAUUUAUGAUUACUGGAAAGAACGAAAAAUGGAUCUAACACUCAACACUGUAAUCAAGACAAAUUCUCCGUUGCCUAAAUUGUUAACAUACGAAGUUAAUCAUUACUGUGCUUUGGUUCCAUUGCCUCCUAAAAUUUCUGUUGUUCAAUUGAUUUUUAUUGAUCCAUUCGAUGGUCUAACUUGGAUGUUCUUUGUUCUUACUUUAGCUUGUUCUGUUGCUGUCUGGUUGAUAUUCCGUGGUCAUGGUGCUGUUGAUUCUCCUUGGUUAUUAGGUUAUGGCAUGUUUGUCAUGUUCAUUGGUCAAGGUGUUGACUUCAGUCACAAGAAUCGUUUGGUGCUGACAAUUCUGCUCCAGUUGAUUAUUGUGAUGGUUUGGAUACUGAGUAAUGCUUACGAGGGUGUCAUAACUUCGUUCAUGAUCAAACCAAUUCAUGAGAAUCGACUUGAGACAUUUGAUGACUUAUUUGCUUCUGAUUUCGAAAUCAUAACUGAUCAAGUGUUUGGAAGAGCUAUCAAAACUUCAAUGGCAUAUAGCAUGUUAAAGCAUAGAUUGAAUUUAUCAGGUAAUCAAAUAAGAAAUGAGUUAAAUGAUGAACUACAGAGACAGCACUAUGCAUUUAUCAUGAACUGUGAUUUAACGGAUAUAUUAAUUAAUGUGGUGUUUGGAACUGGAAAGAGAGUUUCUGACUCUUAUUAUUUAUUACCACAAAAAUUCUUUAUGCAUUACGAGCAGCUUGAAGCUAGUUAUUUAAAUCCUUUUAUUGAAAGACUUCAGUAUUACAUGGACUUAUCCUUUCAAGCUGGUUUGAUGCAUAUCUGGAGGAUUUUUACACCUGAAACCAGAGUUUUUGAAGGAACUCAUCCGUCAACACAAAAAUUAAUAUAUCUAAAACUUAAAGACUUGGCAAUAGUGUUUUAUAUUCUAAUUGUUGGAUGUGUAAUAUCGACAGUUUUGUUCUUCAUUGAGAUCUUCUUUCAUGACAUUCUGGUGGAAAUUAAAUUAGGUUACAUUGCUAGGAAUCUCAAGAGUCGAGUACAUCACAUGGCAUAUAAGAAGACGAAGCAGCAAAAGCAUCCAAAAUAUCAAAAAGGUGCACUCUACUACAUCAUUCAUCGUCGCAAGAGAGUCAAGCGAUUGAAGCUUAAGAAGUUAAAAAUUCGAAGGAUUUAUGUCCAGCCUAGGUUUCCUAUGGAUUAA